AUUUCGUUGUGCUAUUUUUAUGUACGACCUGUGUGUAUUAGCGUUUGUCCGCGUUGGUAUAACCCAGCUGAUCUACAGGAAGAAGGUCCUUCAUAUGACCACAAAGAAAUAAAACUACCAUCGUUUUAUUUGAAAAUAGUCAAAACGGAGCUCCUUACCAAGCCACUACAUCUCAAACCUCGCACAGUUAAGGAAGAGCCGAAUCCACGUAAACACUGGUACAAUUUAUUGCGACUACGUACGGUAUUAGGUCUUCUCUGUUGUGCUCAGGCGUGGGGACCAUUCGAUUGACUGAAACAGCACUUUGAUACGAAUCGUAUCAGGUACUUAUAAAAUAAAUUCAAUGGCUUCAGUGUCUAUCGAGAUCAGCACUAGUCUCAGUUACAGUUCGCGUCAGUCAAUGAUUACCAACCCUGACCCAGAUCAGACGAAUCCACGCUUUGUAGAGAAUGAGGAAAAGAUUGAACUAUGUACGGCGUGUCAAAAAACUCUCUGGAAUGCCUUUCAGCUACCCUGCGGUCACCAUGUAUGUCCUAACGGCUUGAAACGAGUUCACGAAAAAGGUCGAUGCAUGGUGUCCGACUGUAAAACUCCUUGCAGUGAAAAUGAGAUAUUCCCAGACGCCUGUAAACGAAGGGAAGUUGCAAGUUUGAAGGUAGAGUGUGGUCAUGAAGGUUGCAAGAAAAUAGUGAAGUGGGGUGAUCUAGAGAGCCAUGAAGGGACUUGCGAUUAUAGAAAGGUGCAAUGUGAUCAUUGCCGUGAUUCGGUCAAGGUGUGUUCCAUGCAGAAACACAAGGAUGAGAAAUGUGAACAGAGAAGGGUUGAGUGUCCAAAGAAAUGUGGAGUGUGGACAGCAGCCAUCAGCAUAGAGAACCAUCUGAAGGAAGAAUGCCUGAGGGUCACUCUGAGAUGUCCGAAUGAAUGUGGGAUAGAACCACUGCAAAGAGAAAAGUUAAGAAACCAUGUCAAUGAGUGUACUUUAAGAAGAAUUCCGUGUCGAUUCAAAGAUAUCGGAUGUACCUUUGAGGGUCUGGAGGAGGUCGCGCAGAAGCAUAGUGUGGAUGGCUUACCACACCACCUGGAACUCAUCGUCUCUCGGGAGAUGCUUGCCGAAAAUGCCACAAAGGAAUAUAUCGACGAAAUCCAGAAAACGAUACAAAAAUUACUCGGACAAUCGGAAGAGAUGAAAAAAAUACAACAGGAAAAUCAACAGCUGAAAAAAGAAUGUCAGGCAAACAAGAAAUCGAUACAGGAUAUGAAGAAAGUAUUGGCGUCCCAAGGAGAAACGGUAAUCAACGUCGGGCGACAACUAGAGGACAAAGUCAGUACGGACAGAGUAAACGAAAUCAAGAGUGAUAUCACUACUGUCAGAGACACGUUACAGGGGACCAGACAAAGACUGGAUACUGUAGAGAAAGCAGGGAUAGCAGGUGGUCAGAGUGGAGGCGCCAACAUGCAAGUAGUUGAACGUGCCGAAAAACAGAUCGGGCUAAUGGAUGUCCGUGUUUGCGAAAUUGACUUGAGGCUACAACUGCUAGAGACCGUCAACUACAGCGGUGCCCUGAUGUGGAAGAUCCGCGAUUACAGUCGGCGGAAACGAGAGGCGAUUGAUGGCAAAACGCUGUCACUCUAUAGUCAGCCGUUUUACACCAGUCAAUACGGCUACAAACUGUGCGGGAGGGCUUAUCUGAAUGGCGAUGGGUCAGGGAAAGGUACAUAUCUUUCUUUCUUCGUAGUUAUCAUGAAGGGAGAUUUCGACGCACUUCUGCCGUGGCCAUUCAUGUUACCUAUCACUCUCAUGGUUUUGGAUCAAAGUGAAACGGCUUUACACGUACGUGAAUCUUUCACGCCGAACCCGGAUAGUAACAGCUUCCGUAAACCAACGACGGAAAUGAACGUAGCAUGUGGCGUUCCGUGCUUUAUGCAGCACACUAAGCUCGAAGCCGAAAGAUAUUUAAAAGACGACACUAUCUUUUUGCGGGCAGUUGUAGAUUGUUCAAAAGCAAAACCUAUGUAUUAGAAAUAGCUCGUCCGCUAUCCCGACGUGUAACGACAUGAUAUUUCUUUCAAAACAAGUUAUUUCCAUGUUUCACUUUGGUCAUAGAUAACAUAUCUACGUUUGAAUAUUUACAAACUAUUCUACCCUCGCCGUGCAAAGUCAUGAUAAAUGAAAUGUUUUAUUGCAAAUGGCCGAAAUACAAACUCGUACAUGUAAGUGAUAUUGAUGAACACGCGUGUGAAGUUUCGUGGCAGUUUGACAAGACACGAAGUCGGUAGAGCAUUGACGCCGUUUGGGACACAUACAAUGUACUACCUUUUACCAAAAGUGAUUUUUCCCCAGCAUAUUUUUUUUAUGGAUCAAGUCAGCCUGUAUUUCCGCAACUCACUACAUUGAGACAAUUAAAACACGAAUUACUGAAGCAAAGCACAGAGAUAUUACAACUUUUUAACUGUACACAGGCUUUUAAAAAAAGGCGUUUCCAGAAAAUUGAAUUCUUACGUUGUCAAAUAAGGAAAAAUGUCAGCGGAAUUCUGAUUAAACAAAGAUCAUCUUACUGAUAACCCUAAUUAAGACUGUGGUUAUUCUAUUGAAGAUGUAAGUCGCUCCUUCCAUAAUUGCCCAAAAUAUGUAAAUGAAGGACAAAUUUUAUCUCAUUAUCUGACGGGAUUGAUAAUAACAUCUCGGAUACUUAUACAUUCACUCAAGGGGAUAUAAAUCUUAGCAUUAAUUUUAAUUAAUUCUUACCCGCGUUCUAAAAUAUAUUGAAAAGUCUGAUAUUUACAAAUACUGUACUGCGAAAUAUCUUAUCUUUUAUUCAAUUUAUGCAUGCAAUUCUAGUGAAGUGGAUUUGCAGGGCACUGUGUGUAGUGAGUGACCUUGGUGUGCCUCUAACCAAACACUUAACCAUAAGUGUUAAAAUCUCUGAUAUUCGAGCUUUUAAUCUCUUUGUGAAUUUAUAAUAUCUCAGCAAAUGGCCUGGUUCUUAUGUACCUUUAUUUAACUGAACAUAUAUUAUUUGUACAUUUUCUGUAUUAUACAUAUCUUUAUCUGAAAUGUAUGUCUGCGAUCUAAAUGCCUUUUAAAGGCAAUGUCUGUGUCCAAUCCUUUUUGUUCAUUUACUUCAAUAACAUUUAUCUUAUAUAAAUUAUUACCAAUUAAUUUUAAUUGACUCAAACUAUCAAUCAAAUAUUUAUAUAUUAUUUGAGCAUACAUGGAUUUACAUUUGUAUCUCCCCUAUACCAUUUGUUAUAUAGACUGAGGAUUUAUGUUACUUAUGAUAUACAUUUUGCAACAAUAUUUUCUUAUUAAUCGUUUCAUCUUUGUCUCUGUCAUGUCAACCUGAGGGGAGAACUUAUAUAGGCCUAGCCUGAUGUUCAAUCCGUUUAUUCAAUAAAAUAUGAUGAAAUAAAUCU